CUCCAACCUGCCAGAUCACUUUAUUUGGCUUGCCACAGCCCAGAUUGGAGAAGGGAACAUCCAGGGGAGAGGGCCCUGCCUGCAUGUGGCUGUGUCUCACAUGACAUUAGCAAGAGCUAACAGGCUGGAGCAGGAAGCUGUGCCGUAUAGGCUCUCCCCAACUCAACCUCCCUGUGACCCAGCAAUCUCUUGGUGUCAGCUGUCAGGGGGUACAGUGGGGGGGCAUAGAAGUUACAGCAAUCUGCUGAGUCUGCUACUUCAGAUGAAAACUUUCCAACCACAGAGGAAAAUGAAACUAUACCUGACCAGACAAAGUUCGACCCAAUGGAGGAGGUGGAUCUCACACCUGGGGAGACAAAACCUAGUGAGAAUCUUCCAGCAGAGGAGCCAGAAGUUUUGAUUCCAGCACCAGCAGAAUGUGUUAAUUCUAACUAUAAAAGAGUGGAUCUGGAGGGCACUCAAUCGCUGGCUGCAGAACCACUGGAGGGCACUGGACCACCAGCGGAACACACUGGGAUACCGCCGCCUGCGGGACCGGCAGAGGGCACUGGGAUGCCUCCGCCUGCGGGAUCGACAGAGGGCACUGGGAUACUGCCGCCUGCCGGACCGGCAGAGGGAAGUGUCAGCCCUGUAACAGAAAUCGUCAGGAAAGUACAAAGUAACGAAGAGGACCAACUCAUUGAGGGUGAGACGGGAGAAAAAGUGGAAACUGAGAAGCACAGUGAGCUAGUAAGUGAGGGGACUGAAACAAAAGAAGAAGAAGAAACAGGAGAAGCUGUGGAUGCUACAGCAGCAACAGAGAUAGAGGCAAUGAAUAACGAGGAAUGAGAGUCAGGUCUAUAUGGACUUCCUCUUCUUGGUCCUAUCAGCUGUUCAAAUGAACAUUCUUUAAUCUAAUGGCUUUUGGGGGGGAAAUUAUCAGGAUUUUAAAAAAGCUUUUAUGGACUUCGCUACAAACGUUAACAAAGGGCACCAAAAAAAAAAUUAAGUAUUUUUCCUGAAGUCAAGUUGCCAAGACUUCAACAAGUAAUUGAAAUGUAUGAACUUUUUACUUAUCUGCCAUAGAGUGCCUUCUAUACACUGCUAAUAGAGUGGAAAGAAUUGUCAUAUAAAACAGUCUAUCUGCUCAAUCUUCAUUUAAGAGUUUUCCAGGUUAAAAUGAGUAACUUAAAAUCAAUCUGAGGGACACUGUUAUAAUUGGUAUCAACUAGCAUUAUACAGGAUGCAAAAGAUACAGUACAGGCGAGUCUCAUCUUACGCUGGGGUUACGUUCCGCUGUCAGUGCGUAAAGCGAAA